GCCAAAAAGAGGACAUAUCAUGUUAUUGUCAAAGAGGGGAUUGAACUCAAGCGACCAAAUUAUCAAGGCUGGCUCCUUUUGCACUAUCCUAGUGGUUACCUUGGUCAACGACCAUGUAGAGGACUAUCUAGCAUCAAUGCAUGUCUGGCUGUCGCAGUCACCAUAUGGGGGCAGUCCAAAUGACCAAACUUCCUACCAAGUUAUGCACCUGACUAAUCUGAUCACUUUUGCACAUAGUUGGGAAGUCAUUACAGGAGGUUUCAAAGAAAAUCCACAUAUAGUCGAUGCCAUGUUGGCUAGAAAUGAGAAUGUGGACAAUAUGCUGCAGGCUGAUGGAAAAUUCACAGAUAAGGAUUUUGGAUUGAAUAAAUCACAGAGAGAUGCAGUGGAAAGUUGCUUUUCAGCCUCUGAAUGUUCAAAGCAUUCUGUACAUCUAAUUUGGGGGCCACCUGGCACAGGUAAAACUAAAACAGCUUCAGUGUUUCUGCUUAUGAUUCUAAAGUCUCUAAGGACACAUAGAACUCUUGUAUGUGCUCCAACCAACACAGCUCUCGUACAAUUGGCUUCUCGUUUUGUUUGUCUACUUGAAGAGUCCACUGAAACCAGCUAUUUACUUGCGGACGUCAUUAUGUUUGGGAGUAAUAAGCAUAUGGACACUAAUAAUAACCUAUCAAAAAUUUUAUUGGACCAUCGAGCAAAGGAAAAACAUGCUAGGAACAAACUCUUGGAAAAUGCAAAACUUGUAUUUUGCACUCCUUGUGGUUCAUCUAGGCUCACAAAAAAUCAGCAAUACGACACCUUGGUUAUUGAUGAGGCAGCAUACCUAAAAGAAUGUGAGUCGCUGAUCCCUCUCGCAAUUUGUGGGAUAAAACAUGUGGUGCUUAUUGGGGAUGACAAGCAGCUACAACCAGUGGUUAAGAGCCCGAUUGCUGAAGAGGCUAAGUAUGGACGAAGCCUGUUUGAGAGAUUGAGUGAAAUUGGCCACCACAAGCUGUUACUCGAUGAGCAAUAUAGAAUGCACCCUCACAUCAGCAACUUUCCAAAUAAAACAUUUUAUAGUGGAAUGAUUAAAGAUCGCACUGAGGCUAGUGGAGUGCCCAACAUUUUUAUCGGUCAUAAUUUUGAUCAUUAUUCAUUCAUUAAUGUUAGAGAAGGUACAGAAAAACAAAUUGGAAUGAGUUUAGUAAAUGAGGCUGAAGCUAUUGUUGCAGAGACGAUCGUUGACAGACUUGCUAAAACAUGCACCUAUAAGGAGGAGAAAAUCAGUGUUGGUGUAGUAUCUCUAUAUGCAGCCCAAGUGAAUGAUUUGGAAGAAAGACUUGAUAGAUUUAAGGAACAUGAGUUUCUUUCUGUUAAAGUACAAACCGUUGAUUCAUGUCAAGGUGAUGAGAAGGACAUAAUAAUACUUUCAAUGGUUCGAUGCAAUCAUGGUGGGAACAUAGGCUUUCUCGAUUCUGAUAGGAGAGCUAAUGUGGCCUUGACAAGAGCAAGGAAACACCUUUGGAUCCUUGGACAUGAAACAACUCUCCUGAGAAGUAAUUCAAUAUGGUCUAAGGUAGUCCAAGAUGCAAAGGAACACAAUUUGCUCUUUCAUGCUCACUUAGACAUGCAUCUUGCUGAAGCCAUUAGUCAUUUCAGAAAGUUUGCUAUAUAUGCACAGAGCACAGGUGACAUCCUGAUAGAGGCCACAAUCAAUGAAGCAGACAGACGAGUAGAUGCAACAAUAGAGGAAGAAAACAUUGGUUCCUUGCCUGGGGAUAUGCAAAGAAAUUCAGAUAUGGGUCAGGACCAAGUUUCCAGUCUAUCUCUACCACAAUGCGACCAAUUUGCAGUUAACAGCCCAGUAGGGACCGCAAUAGAUGAAGCCAACGUUGAAUUCUCACCCAGUCAUGUUCAUUCAAGGAAGAGGCCCUGUCCUUUCUGUAAAGACCAACUUGCCGUACCAGAAGUUGCACAGGCAAUAGAAGCUACAGUAGAGGAUAAUGACGUGAUUAUAGAAGAGCUGACCCAACUAGCUGAGGGAUCAAAUGCAAUGAAGGACAAUAAAAGAGCAAAAAAGGCAAACCCCUACGAGCAGGCCAGAUCUGCAAGAGAUGGUCGUUUUUGGUCCACCGAGCAAGAGAAAUUGUACAAUAAUGUUUAUAAACAGAAGGAUUUUGCGGACAACAGAUGGAUCGAUUGGGAAAGCAUGAAGCAGUCCAAAGAGAUGCUUGAUGUUGAGAAAAAAUGUAAGAACAUUAAUCUUCGUAAACUGAUGGGUAUAAGAAAUGAUUGGCAUGAAGAAACAGUCAAACAGUUCUUCUCAACAUUCUACAUAAAUCCAAGUAGGACCUCCCUGACAUGGAUGAGUGGCAUAAAUAAGAAGAUUACUGUCACUAAGGAAUUUUGUGAGAAAUUACUACUUGGUGAUCCCCAACACAGUAGUAAGAUUGAGGAUAAGUUAACUCACACACAAGAAGUCAUGCUCAACAAUUUUGAAAAGGAUGGGCUUUUUAGUGCAGCAGAUCGUCUGGUGAGAAAAACCAUCUACCCUAGGGCUGGAAGUAGAGAUAAGACUCACAAGGACAUUAGGGUCAUACUAUAUCAUAUUUUGACUGAGAAGCCUUUCGACGUUGUAGACAUGAUGUUCAGGGAGAUGGAAAAAAACUCUCACCGAUCAUAGAAUUUUGAUUCCAUAUGCCCCAUACAUCAUGUUACUGAUUGACCAUGUAAAAAUUGUACCUGAAACUGAAAAGAACCGAAGUCACCAUGUGUACAACAUU